AUCGGUGCAGUGACAUCUCCUUCGACUGCUUAUCGAUCUAUCGAUACACUCGGAGCUGCUUGACUCACCUCUAUUCUGCCGUGCCGCUUGUUUUCGCCAAAUCAGUAACUACUAAGCCACAAUGACCACCGCCUUCGACGCCGCACACACGGAGGGCCCCGGCUUCGUGGGCAUCCGCUUCUGCCAGGAGUGCAACAACAUGCUGUACCCCAAGGAGGACAAGGAGAACAAGAUCCUGCUGUACGCGUGCCGGAACUGUGACUACAAACAGGAGGCGGACUCCAACUGCAUCUACGUGAACAAGAUUAUGCACGAGAUCGACGAGCUGACGCACAUUGUGCCCGAUGUGAUUUCGGAUCCGACGCUGCCGCGCACCGAGGACCAUGCCUGUCCCAAGUGCUCCCAUCGGGAGGCGGUCUUCUUCCAGGCGCAGACCCGGCGCGCCGAAGAGGAGAUGAGACUGUAUUAUGUGUGCACCAACCAGAAUUGCACCCACCGCUGGACAGAGUAAUUGUAAUUGUAGCCCUAUUAUUCCCAAAUGGGACGCCGCCGCGUCGAUAGUGAGCCGCAAAGAGGUCUCAUUUGACGCUCAGUAUGUGAUUGGCGCUUCAGUAACAAAAUCAACUUAUUACAGUGGAUAUUGACUUGAAGGAACAAGAUGGGGAUUCAUUUUGUUAUAAUCUUAAAUUUCAGCGAACAAAAUUAGGUUAUUGAAUUCACCCUCUAUGCAUUUGAAAGGUUUAUUUUUU